AUGCGGAUUCUUCCCAAAUCCAGAUUCGUACCGAGUCCGUUUCCGAGGGCUUGGACGAGUACUGGUUCUGAGAUUGGGGGUGCUCAGGGGUCUCGUCUGAGGUCGAGCAGCGCGCUUUUGAAUCUUCAGGAUCGGGGGAUUGCUCUGCGUCGUGGGCGUGUCUCAUUGCGUUGGAUGUCGGUCUCGUCGUCGAUACUGGCUCGAUUCUUCGUGAGGCGUGGUUUGAGGCUCGAGGCGUCGGGAAUUUCACGCACUGGUGGAAAGUCGAGACGACGGCUUCAUUUCGUGGAGCCAGGGGGUGCCGAGUAUUGCGUUAUAGAUGGCCGGUUUGUCCAUGACAAUGAACUUCAAGAGCUUCGAAAUUCCGCCGACAUAAACGGGGAGCCGAACUGUCCGCAACUGUACGUGCUCGGCGGUGAAGCCGGUGAGGGGACGGGAUGUGGGUUUGAUGGAUCCUGUUCCACUCCCAUGCGGUCCAGUGUCUCUAGGAAGAUGAGGUUCACCGUGCUCCCAGUGUCAAUUAGAACCUUUGCGACGUCACAGUCGUGA